AUGGCGGCCCAAACACUGUGCGGGGAGUCGUUUGGGAAAAUCUCCCACUCUUCCGAUCUUCUACGGAGGCUAGAACAUUAUAGAGAAAGUGGUGAGUUGUGUGACAUGACACUUGUAAUAGAGGGCCUUGAAUUCAAGGCGCAUCGCGUGGUUCUCGCGGGUUCCAGUCCGUAUUUCGAGUCACUGUUUCACAGCAACUUACAGGAAUCGCAAACAGGAAGAGUAGAAUUGAUCUGUACUUCCCCCGAUGGUUUGGAAUGUAUCCUAAAAUACAUGUACUCAGGACGAAUCGAGAUCACUGCAGAUAAUGUCUACGACAUUCUCAAGGCUGCUGAUCAUCUUAUGAUAACUGAAGUGAAGGGAUUUUGUGAAACAUUUAUGGAGAAGCAAUUGACCUCGUCCAACUGUUUACAAGUCAGGGACAUAGCCGAGUUGUACGAUUUGAUGAAAUUGAAGGCCUCGGCAGAAGACGCGAUUGAGUGCAAUUUUUGCGACUUGCUGACACAGGAAUCAUUUCUUAAUCUAUCAGCGGAAAGAGUAUGCAGCAUGAUGUCAAAUGAGAACAUCAAAGUGAAGCGAGAAGAGGAGAUAUUCGAGUUUGUCGUGCGCUGGACAAAUAAAGACAUUAACGAAAGAAAAGAACAUUUCCCUCGACUUAUGAGUUGUGUUCGGCUGUGUCAAGUGGAUAAGAAAUAUUUGCUUGAUGUCGUCGAGAAGAAUAAACUUGUUGAAGAAAAUACUCGGUGUAGAGAGUAUGUGAGGGAGGCCAUACGAUAUCAUAUGGUUCCUGAAGAAGAUGUUGUGUGUCAUAAUUUAAGACUGCAACCCAGGCCGUGUCGACUUGUGGAUUUACUCGUAAUGGCUGGCGGGACUGGUUAUGACAUUAAUGGGUCAUUUGCUACAAAUACAGCUUACGGGUAUGUAUUUUGCGAAGAUCGUUGGGUUACGUUACCGCCGUUGCCUGAAAAGAUCAGUCGUAGCCCUGCUGUUGCUAUGGACAACAAAAUGAUCGUCAUUGGAGGAUCCCUACUACUGGAUAACUCAAAUCAUGUAUCAAUGUUUGAUCCACUUGUAAGCGAGUGGAAGACUCUACCCGAAACACGCAAUCCCCACCGAUUUGGUGAAUCCGUAAUUUGUAACGGUAGAAUCUACGUGCUUGGAGGAAGCCUGUCACCGAGGUCGCUUGAAGUGUUUGACCCAGAUCACAAUUGUUGGAUAGAGAAAGCUUCAUCAAUGGAUGAUCAUGCUGGAUUUGAAAUGGUAGUUCUAAAUAACCGAUACAUCUACGCUAUGGGUAUCCGCGAAGGGGGACUCAUCGAAUAUUAUGACACGCACACAGAUCAGUGGUUUCGAGUUUCCGAAUCGGAAAGUUGGUGCUGGAAGCAAAUGAAUUGGGAGCCCACCUGUCAAAUCUUCCCUCCGCUGAUAAUGGAAACUCCCACCGCGCUGGAGUUCUCUGGUUUAGGUAGAUACAAAGUUGCCAUUUCUAAAAUGACCAGGAGGAUAAGUCUCGAGAACUCUGACAUUAAUUUGAUUCCGGACCCACCGAAGAGGAAAGGUUCUGUCGUUCGUGACAUUGGAGAUCACGGUAUCUUUGUGUAUGGUGGUGUCCAGCAUUUACCGGAUGGCUCAGAGUGCCUAGACAAUUCGGCAUACUUGUACAAACAUUCAAGUAAAACGUGGAAAGAGCUGGCACCCGCACGCAAGCCAAUAAUGUAUCCAUCGUGUGCUUUAGUACAGAUACCCUAUAGUUACAUUAGUUCGUGCCAGGGUAGCCACGGCCACUGUUCUUCUUUCAGUUUCACCGAUUGA